AUGCCCGCUGGUGGGCCUUUGGGGGGCCCCAAUUGUGCCUUUUUGAGGGUCUGGGGGCCCCCAGAGCAGCCUCAAGACUGGGCCAAGCGCUUCUGCGCCCACGCCGGCUGCAGCAGCGGCGCUGCUGGGCCGCCAGCCCCUGUGUCUGCUGCUCCCUUGGACUCAGCAGCAGCAGCAGCAGCAAGUGCAGCAGCAGCAGCAGCAGCGCGGCGCCCGCCUUCGUUUCUGAGUGCCCCCCGUGGCUGCCCGCGGCUGCUGCCCUCCCCCUCAGUUUCUGCUGCUUCGCUGCUGCGGGCGGGGCCCCCCGGGGAGGGGGGGGAAGCAAAAGCUGCAGAAGCAGCAGCAAGCCCUCGAGUUGCUGCAGUGCUGCAGCAGCUGCAGCAGCUGACGCUGCUGGAGGUGUCGGAGCUGGUGCGUCGCCUGGAGAGCGUGUUUGGGGUGUCUGCUGCUGCGGCGCUGGGAGCUGCUGCUGCUCCUGCUGCAGCAGCAGCAGCAGCAGCAGCGCCAGGGGGGGCCCCCGAGGGGCCCCCCGAGGCCCCCCCGCAGACCGAAUUCAAAGUCGUGCUGCAGGCAGUACCCACGGCCAGCCGCAUAGCAGCAAUUAAGGCCUUGAGGGGCCUCAGGGGGGACUUGGGACUUAAAGAAGCAAAAGCUUUUAUUGACUCUUUGCCAAAAACUGUUGCUGAAAAAAUCAACAAGACAGAAGCUCAGAACAUGCUGGAGGCCCUCAAGGCUGCAGGCGCGGAGGCUCAGAUGCUCUGA